AUGAAUAAGAUCUCAAAUCUGGAACAUUUUGAAAUAGAUGAAUUUGGAAACAGCAAUAUUCAAGAUAUCAAUACAGAACAAUUUUCAGAAUAUUUCAAUGAUCAGAUAGCACGAAUGACAAAAGUUCUUUAUCAAGAUCAAAGAGAGGGAAACUCGCCAAAAUUAAAUGCUGAUGACUUCAUCAAUUUAAUUGAACGUAAAGAUCCUGAAACUCAAGGAUUUUUUAAUAUUUUAUAUAAUGCAAUGAAUCCUAAAGAUAAAGCUUUGAAAACACGAAAAAGUUUAAAAGAAAAAAUUAUGGUAUUGUGCUAUGAAAUGGCCGGAUUGCGAAACAAGCAAGUAAGCGGUGUCAAAGCUGCACUGGGAUUAUUUUUUACAAAAUCUGGAGCCUCGGCUCAUUGUAUUAAUACAAUGGCUAAUAUGGGAUUAUGUACUACAUACCAAACGGCUUUUAAUAAAAUUAAUGGAAUAAGUGAUAAGCACUACACUAGUGUGAAAAAAUAUAUUCAAGAUCACUAUAAUAGUCUUUUUAUUGCAUGCGUAGACGAUUAUCAUAAUCUUCAUGGUACUCGUAUUCCAUCAACAAAUUCAGCUAAACAAAUCGUUCACAUGGCCACCAUAUUAUUUAAUACUAUUAGAUGUCCUCCUAUUUCUUAUAAUUCUACUUAUGGUUUACCUGUUCAUAAUCCCCAAGGUGUCGAUGCAUUUCUCUUAAAAACAAUUUGCCAAAAAUAUAUAUUUACUUUAGCAAAUAGUUACAAUUCGGAAAAGUCAAAUUGGAGUUGGGUAUCAAAUAAAACAAACUUAAUUGAAAAUUUAACAAUUCAUUCUUAUAAUGCAGAUAUUGCUCAAAAGUAUCAUAGAAAAUUUAAUCAAACCAAAUUAAUAGACUGCAUCAAAUUGGAUUUAAAGAAUGCUAAAAAUUAUGUUGAAGCUGCUAAAACAUUUUUAAG